UCAUUACUUUAGUAUUUUUAUACUAUUACUCACAAAUUUAUUUUACAGAUUUAUUAUUCAUUAAAUUUUAGUGUCAAUUUUUUACACAAUUAUUUCAACAAAAUGUUAUUUCGACUAUUUAUUUUAAAUUUUUGGAUUUUAAAUCAAUGUUCGAGGGUUUUCUGUACUUCAAAUUCAUUUUCAAGCCAACAAUUAGAAUAUAUUUUCAAUGUAUUCAAUUGCAUUCGUCAACAGGAUGGAUGGGAUUUAAAAAUGACGUAUAAUUUGAGGAUCGGUAAAAACACAUAUCUAAAAUAUCAACUAAAGAAUAUUUUAACGGAAAUGAAUAAGAAUAAUUUCAAGACAAAAAUAACAAUGAUAAACGAAAUAAUCAUUUUUAGGUACACUGAAUCUUUGAAAGUAUUUAGACAUAUAUUAAACAGUUUUGUUAAUAUAUGUUACAAUUAUAAGUAUUACGAUUCAACAAAUUUUAUUGAUUGCUCUAUGAAGUUGCGGACAGCAGUACAAAAUUCAAAUACCGUAUUUCAAAAAUUAUUAUGUGCCGUUAUUUUCUUAAGUAAUAUCAAUGAAUAUCUAAAUAAUAAUUAUGAAUUAAAAUUAGUAAGUAUUGUUAACCAAAUGAGGCCAAUAUAUAGUCUGACAAUAAUGGAACUUCAGGAUUAUAAUGAUGCAUAUAUUGCUAAUAAGGUAAUAGAAAGUGUUCAUGGAUUAAUUUCUAAUACAUUAGACAAUACAUUAGUUGAACUUGACAAAAUAAAUGAACACUUUUUACAUUUUCAUUCAAAUUCAGCUAGUGCUACUUUAGCGGUUAAGUAUAGUAUAGACCCGAAAUUAAUAAUAGCUAAGGACACUGUUGAGGAACAUGUGGCCAUUUUAGAUUUGUAUAAUGAUGCAACAAUUCAAGAAGAAUAUGAACUUUUGGGCUUUGACAAAGUGAUCGUUUCUCAUACUAAGAGGCAAAUUGAGGAGCAAAUUUUGAAUUACGUUAACAAUUAAGAUAUAGAAGAAGGAGAAUUUGUACCAGAUUCAUAGAUUAUUAUUAUUAAUGAUAGUAAUAAUAGUAAUAAAUAAUUAUUUUAAUUUAAAUACGACGAUGAUUGAUUUGAAUAUAAACUUUAUUUUUAUAAUAUUACAAGAAAUGAAAAAUUGUUUAAUAAUUAAGUUUUUAAUUAUUUUUUUGUAUGUAGUUUUUAAUUAAAAUAUGAUUAAUAUGUAAAAACCUAU